GUGCAAAGGGCACAUUUUUAAACUUCUAUCAACGUGAACCAAAAAAGACUAGACAGUUAUUAUAGUUAUCAUCCGAUUAUCUUUAAUAUACAUGCUAAUACAAUAAAAAGUGUUUCGUUGCAUGCAUAGUGAAAAAAAUCAAAACAAUGUGUGAUCCAGAUAUGGAGCUUCCAGCGGAAAUUGAUUUAGACACUAAAAUACAAGCCGUGAAACGGGAACUGAAGGAAAUUGACCAAGAAAUAAUCCAUUUAACUAGUCGUCGGAAGCGGUUAGAGGAGUUGCAAGAACGCUUGCAAGUUUACAAAUUACAGGAAAACUCAAAUGCUCUUGUUGAGCAAAAAUGGGAUGCAGAGACCUUUUCUUGGUCUGCCAAAGUUCGAACAACACUGAAGGAUGUUUUCCACAUAGAAAAGUUUAGGGCUCAACAGUUGGCGGCUAUAAAUGCAGUUCUGUCAAAAAAUGAUGUGCUGCUCUUGGCUCCUACUGGCGGAGGCAAAAGUCUCUGUUACCAGCUUCCGGCAAUGGUCACAAGUGGUAUUACGGUAGUUAUUUCACCACUGAUAUCGUUAAUGGAAGAUCAAGCUUGGGCACUGAAAAAUAUUGGUGUUAAAGCAGAAUACAUAUGCUCUACCUCAGACAAGGAUUUAGUAAAAAGUAUUUAUAAAAUGCUUCGUGAAGGUGAUGAAAGUGGGAUACGGAUUCUAUAUGUUACGCCCGAACGAAUAGCCAAGAGUAAUCGUUUUAUGCUGGCACUUCAGAAAUGUUACAACAACAAAAAAUUAGCUCUAAUUGCUAUCGAUGAAGUCCAUUGCUGCUCACAGUGGGGUCAUAAUUAUAGGCCUGACUACAAAAAUCUAGGUGUAAUCAAAACUAUGUUUCCGGAUAUACCCUUACUAGGGGUAACAGCUACGGCCACUACAAAAGUUAUAGGGGACAUAAGGAAAAUGUUGAAUCUCCGCGAAUGUCUUAUACUGAACGCUCCUUUCAAUCGACCUAAUCUGUAUUAUCAUGUGUUGGAAAAGCCGGCGGAUAAGGAAGAACUAAAUGAUUUUCUUGCUGAAUUAAUUAAAACCAGAUACCGUAACAUGAGUGGUAUAAUUUACACCUACUCUGUUAAGGAUACUGAGGAGUUAUCUGUACAGCUUAUGCAGCGAGAAAUAAAAGUUUUGCCUUACCACGCCAGUUUGGUUGCAAAGGAUCGGACUAGAACCCACAAAAAGUGGAUGCACAAUGAAAUCCAAGUGAUUGUGGCUACAAAUGCUUUUGGAAUGGGAAUUGAUAAACCGGAUGUGCGAUUUGUUAUUCAUCAUACUUUGUGCAAAAGCAUGGAGAGUUUUUACCAGGAAAGUGGUCGUGCCGGUAGAGAUGGCAAGCGUUCGGACUGUAUUCUGCUAUACAGGUUUCAAGAUAUAUUUCGGCUUUCGACGGUAAUUUUCAGUGAAUACGAAGGUUUAGAUAAUGUGUACUCAAUGGUGAAGUACUGUAUCAACGGAAAAGACUGCCGCCGCAAACUAAUUUCGAAAUUCUUUGCUGAAGUAUGGGAUGAUACAAACUGCGAUCGGAUGUGUGAUCGAUGCUAUUAUCGGGACAAAAUCCAACUUCCUGAGCAAGAUAUAACUACGCACUACAACACAUUGCUGGCGAUUCUCCGACGAGCAGAAACAUUAAAUACGAAGCUUACAGCAUUGAAAAUAAUGGACGCAUGGUACCACAAAGGAAGCCCUAAAAAUCGUUUAGAAGAACCUCCUCCGUUAAUGGAUAGGUACAUCGGUGAACAAAUAGUAGCUUUUUUGAUUGUUAAUGGAUAUCUCAAAGAAGAUUUCCAGUAUAAUCAAUACUCGGCAAUAAGCUAUAUUACGAAAGGAUCCAAUUUGGUGCUGGAGAAAGGAAUUCGGUUUCAACCAGCAAGAGUACUUCGAAUUCCUGCUGAAUCUAUCGUAGAUACAACCAAUGUUUCAAGAGCCCGUUUACCGAGUGAAGACUUAGAAAUAAUAUCAGUACCGUCAAGUACUACGCUAGAAAACUCCAGUAGUAGAAAUUCUCUUACAAAACGAAAGGUUUCGUCUGACAUUGAAGAGAAUGAUGGAUAUGAAAGUUUUUCUGCAAGAAGUUCGACUAGUAUGAGUAGUUUCAACAGUACUGCAAUAAGCAAUGGAAGUAAAAGGAAAAAACGUCGCAAAGCGGAUUCUUCGAAUCGUUCACAACUAAGCGAACAAGUAGUCGAAGAAAAUACUAUGCAAAUAACAAGCACAAAUGUUGACGAAGAUGAAGACGUUCUUUUUGUACCGCUUGAAAAUGAGGUUAUCGAGAUUGACGAAUAGUAUAGUAUGAAUCAUGUUUAAAUUUGUCAUAACACGAACCAAUUUUUUAAGAGCGUAAUUAAUUUAAACUCGAAAAAACUCGAAUU